AUGGCGUUAGAAAAGGACCAUGCGUCGCUGGAUUUCGCAAACAACAAUGACCUUGACUCUAAAGAACCUGCCGGCCUGGGGAGCGACCCUAAUCUCGACACCGAGAGAGCCACGAGGGGUAGAUUUGGGACGAGCAACAGGGCCGCCGGUGCUAGAAUCGCCCCCGUAUUGCCCCAUCUGAGAGGAUACGACUUCGGGAGCGAUGAUUCCGGCUCGGAUAUCUUGGGGAAGCAGAUUGAAUUGGAGGCCGGAAAUGCCAUUCAAUACAGAACCUGCAGUUGGCCAAAGACAGCCGCUCUACUCUUCUCGGAGUACAUUUGCUUGGCUAUCAUGUCUUUCCCCUACUCCUAUUCGGUCCUUGGUCUCGUCCCAGGUAUCAUCAUGACGGUUGUCAUUGCUGCACUGGUUCUAUAUACGUCUUUGGUCGUCUGGGAAUUCUGUCUUCGACACCCUGAAGUCAGAGAUGUGUGUGAUAUUGGGCAGAUGCUUUUCUGGGGGAAAACGUGGGCGUGGUAUCUCACUGCUAUCAUGUUUGUCUUGAACAACACCUUCAUCCAGGGUCUACACGUUCUAGUAAGCGCCAAGUACCUCAACACAAUCAGUAAUCACAGUCAAUGCACUAUCGUCUUUGCCGUCAUUGCUGCGAUUAUUUGCUGGGUUUUCUCACUUCCAAGGACGUUUAGUGCUCUCUCCAAACUUGGAACUGGAUCCGCGUUCUUCACAUUCAUCUCCGUCCUGUUGGCUGCCAUCUUUGCCGGGAUCGAAGCCCACCCCGCCGGCUACAAUCCCGACCCUAAUUAUGUCGACCCUGUGACUGGAAUCCAUGGUGGUGAGCCGAUUGUGACCGCAGUUCCCGUCAGUGGCACAACCUUUGUUGCAGGAAUGAAUGCUUUCCUGAACAUCGCGUAUACUUUCAUCGGGCAGAUCACCCUCCCCAGUUUCAUUGCCGAAAUGAAGAAUCCCCAUGAUUUCCCCAAGGCGCUCUGGGCCGUGACGAUAUGCGAAAUCAUCGUUUUCAGCGUUAUCGGUGCUGUCGUCUACGCCUACACUGGAAAUCAGUACAACACGGCCCCUGCAUUCGGAUCUCUUGGUAAUGAAGUCUACAAGAAAGUGUCGUUCUCGUUCAUGAUCCCAACCUUGAUCUUCCUUGGCGUCCUUUACGCCUCGGUCUCGGCGCGGUUCAUCUUCUUCCGCGUUUUCGAGGGCACCCGGCAUAAAACGAGCCAUACGGUCGUCGGCUGGUCCGCCUGGGCUGCGAUCCUUGCGGCAACCUGGGUUGGCGCUUUCAUUAUUGCUGAAGUCAUCCCGUUCUUCUCUGAUCUGCUGUCCUUGAUGUCUUCCCUCUUUGAUUCCUUCUUCGGGUUCAUCUUCUGGGGCGUGGCGUACAUCCGCAUGAGGAGAGUCGAUGGCGGGGUCAACUGGCUCCGGGAACAGUCCUUGUACGGUUAUUCAAUGCUGGCCUUGAACAUCGUCAUUAUCUUCAUCGGGCUAUUCUUCCUGGGGGCCGGCACGUAUGCCAGCGUGCAGAGCAUCAUUGAUAGCUACGACGCAGGAACUGUCGGGGGCGUUUUCACAUGUGCCAAUAAUGGUCUCUAA